CAGCAGAGAAUAAAAGGCCACAACUUCCAGCAGCAGUAUCCACUUGCUUCUCGCACCUCUGCGGUCGAUCGCUGGCAAGCUCCCAGACUUGACAUCAUGGUGCAUUUCACUAGCGAGGAGAAGGCUAUUAUCACUGGCCUCUGGGGCAAAGUGAAUGUGGAAGAUGCUGGUGGCGAGGCUCUUGGCAGGCUCCUGGUUGUCUAUCCCUGGACCCAGAGAUUCUUUGACACCUUUGGCAACCUGUCCUCUGCCUCUGCCAUAAUGGGCAAUCCCAAAGUCAAGGCCCAUGGCAAGAAGGUGCUGACCGCCUUUGGAGACGCUGUGAAGAACAUAGAUAACCUCAAGGGUGCCUUUGCUAAGCUAAGUGAGCUGCACUGUGACAAGCUGCAUGUGGAUCCUGAGAACUUCAGGCUCCUGGGCAAUGUGAUGGUGAUUGUUCUGGCUUCUCAUUUUGGCAAAGAUUUCACCCCUGAGGUGCAGGCUGCUUGGCAGAAGUUGGUGUCUGGGGUUGCCACGGCUCUGGCCCACAAGUACCACUGAGUCUUCUUUCCAAUUCACCAGGGUCCCUUUGUGUCCCCAAUGACCUCCUUCUGUACAUGGGGACUGGGGUUUGACCUUGGCAGUGAAGAGUCUGUUUAAUAAAGUGCAUUCUAUUCAGUAAUCAGAAAUUGAUAUUGUUUUUUCUU